GGACGACAUUUUAUAUCAUUUUAUAAAUAGUUGCGUGCACAAUUUAGUAUUGGGGCCCAAAAAAAAAUAGAACCGACUUCAAAUUUAAAAAAAAGUGAAUAAUAAUAUCAAAGGAACUUAUUCAAGAAAAUGCUAUUAAACUUGGGUGGAGGUUUUCUGUAGGUUAUUAAUUUAAUGAUAGAUACCCGUUUGCCGAGAAGUUUGAAGAAGGUUCUUUUUUGAAAAAGUUUUGUUUCUUGCUUUUUAGUAAUAUUGUUUUUUUUUAUAAUAGGUAACACUAAAAAUACUUUUCUGAAAACCGCGUAAAAAGUGUGUUAAAGCGCGACCCUCCAUUUUUUUAGUUGAUUAAUAUACCUAAAACCUUCUCCUAAGUCUGACAAAUACUAUACUAAAAACCGCAUCAAAAUCGGUUUAGCCAAACGCAAGAUAAUCGCGCACAAACAUACAUACACACAAACUGAGUACUUCCUUUUUUUGAAGUCCAUUAAUAAAUUAAAAUACUAAUGCGUACUAAUGUUUUCCUAAAGUAUGUAGUAAACGUUUCAGAAUCUAUUAGUACAUAAGUUAAAUUAUUUAUUCGGAAAUUUUAAUAAUUGCUUCUUCUAAGAAGGUUCUAUCAUACUAUCGGCCGGUUUCUGAAUUGUGACAAGUGCAAAAUCUCAACUGAUUAUUCUCCAUAACUUAAGUUUAUGACGUUUCAAAAGGUAAAACUAUCUAAUUUUAUCAAGCUGCUAUUAACUGAUCAUUAAAAAAACUAAAAUCAGAAGUGAGGACCUAUUUAAGCGACGUUUAAGCACGGUUCGAGAAAUUCUUAACUUUAAAUUCUCAAAACAGAAAUCGGGUGUAUGUCAUUCCAGAUGCCAUUACUGAUGCUGGCGGUAUGCGCGUGCGCGCGCGGCGAGCCUCUGCCCGAGGCGGUACAGUGGCGCAGCGAUAUGCACGGCGGCGUGUAUGCGCGUCAUUAUCCGCGCGGCUACAAACCUAUCGCGUACGCUGCACUCUCGAUGCACUCACCCAUCCCGCUGCUGCACAUCAUGUCCAGAGUACCAUUGAGACCAGAAAUGACAGACAGACAAACCGCUGCAAGUGGUGCGAUGCCCACGUACGCAUUACCUUAUAACCAACCAGGCCCUUAUAUGUACGCUGCGUCUGUAAACGACGUCGUACAGGACAAUUACAGUGAGCCCGAUGAACCUGUUGUGGAGGUCUUGUACGCGCGUCCUAACCCUCAGGGAGGCUACUCCUACAGACGCCGACCGACAAAGAAGAGAGUGACGCGCCCCGAGCCCGAGCCUGUCAUCAUCAGAGUUCAAAAAUAUAAAAUCAUUAGAGACCGGUGAGCGGCCAGUAGAUUGAUAUGUUAAAUAAGCUUCCCUUUAGUCAUCGUUAUGUUUAGCUUAGCUCUUAGUUACGUUCUUAAAUGUCUUACUGCAUUUAUAAAGUAAAUGUAUGUCCUAGAGUCAAUAAAGUAUUUCAGUAUUUGUAAAAUUUGAUUUCAUUUUAAAGAUAGCCUCCAUUAAUUUGUAGAUUUGGAUUUAUUUAUUACCGAUAUUUACAAUUAGAGCAUAUACUAUUUUUCCUCACAACACUUUAAUCAGCCGUUUGUUCAAAUAAUUUGUGAGGGACCAGAAGUGAUCGGUGUGCGGUCGGCGCGGUGUCGGUGCCGGUGCUGGUUGGACGGAGCACGGAAACAAGCACAAAGUGGACGACUCGGGCGCACGCAACUGAGCCCACGAGACCAUGACCAUGUGACGUCUAUAAUUAACAACUUCCAAUAACUAUAUUAUCAUAGCGUUGGAAGCGUAUUUUAUUGGUUUUAUUCUAUAAAUACCUACUUAAACUAGUAGGACAUGUAUCAUAUAAAAAUAAUUAUUUAAACAGAUAGUUGAAAAAAAAAAAACAUAAAAAAGCAAAUGGGAUGCAUAGAAAACUACUCCCACCUUAGUAGUGCUCCCUUCCUCCUUGACAACAGCGUGCUGAGGAAGAUAUACUGCAUGAGAAUUAAAAACUUAGUUUUGAGGCGCGUAUUCCAUAAGUCCCAAUUCUAAAUAUUCAUUUAUUACAUCACUAGAGGUAUUGCUUUUUCAA